CACCGUUUUAUCGACAACAACAAAGAAAACACUACGUGCACCGAUAGAGCCCGUCUCGUCUUCCCCUGAAACUUCCCUCGUAUAUUGCUUGUAAGCUAGGUACGUGUGUUCCCGCACCAUGGCGGUGCUCCUGGACGUUGAAUCGAAUUGAAUCGAAUCGAAACAAAUCGAAAUAUAGGAAACAACUACGAGAUGUCAGAAGGUGGUACAGAAUGCGAAGGGAUGGAAUGGAAUGGCAUGGGAUGGAAGUUGUUGGGAGAGCAAUGGGUUGCAGUUUGGGACCUAUGCACAUACGGAGCUGGUGGCAUUUUUGUAACGUUGGUGCACAGUAGCAGAAAAGAAUAUGAAUGCACACAAGAGCAUGGGCUGGAAUGCUGUGAGAAGGAAAAGAAAGCAACCCGAAGCAAAUUUCUCGACUCCGUAGAUCCAUGCAACAACCACUAUUUCGAGCUUGCCGGCACGGUCAGAAUCGGAUCGGCUGUACGACUAUCAGGUAGCAUGGCGAAGACGGAAGACUGGAUCCUAUCACGUUCUACAUGUGAAUGGUUUGGUGUUCUUGGAUGGGUUCAUUUUCUGUACAAAUGUUCCGCCCGUUGUCCAUUCCCUAUCUUACUCGACGGAACACAAACCCAUUCAUGUGUACCAGAACAAAAAUACGAAGACAAACACACGCUGCAGCGAAGCAACACACAACAUCACUUGUGGCGGAAGUCUCCGUGCUUGUUCUCUACGGCCCAUCCAGUCCUCUCUUUCAUUUGCGACGGCUUUUCGUGUUGACUCGAACCUUCGCUGGCGUUAUUGCAACCUUGCGUAGUGGUUUGGAUUGGGGUUCCCCAACCCAGCUCGACACAGGACCUUUUCUCUUCAAUUCUUCCGCUCCUUUGGUCGUUCUCACAAAUGAUUUCUUUUUUCUUGCCUCUACCUACUACAUCAAACAGCUUUUUGGUCGCUACGAACCCCCUUUUUGUAUUACACAUCAAACCGAACAAAAUAAUUCAAAAUGGUCCGAUACAGCGUUGAACCCGAGGUUCCCGAGAAGGUCUCCAAGGCCCGUGGCUCUCACCUGCGAAUCCACUACAAGCACUGCCGGGAAAUUGCCCAUUUCACCAAGGGUAUGAAGGCCAACAAGGCCCUAAAGCACCUCGACGACGUACUCCAGUACAAGGCCAUCAUUCCCUUCGUCAAGUACACGGGUGGAAUCGGUCGCAAGGGAAUGGCCAAGCAGGUCAACGCCCCCGGUGACAAGGGUCGAUGGCCCGUCAAGGCCACCGCCGUCUACCGCGAUCUCCUCCUCAACGCCAUGGCCAACGCCGAGUCCAAGGGCCUCGACGUUGACUCGUGCGUCCUGGACCACGCACAGGUCAACCGAGCCCCCGCAGGACGCCGUCGAACUUACCGUGCCCACGGUCGCAUCGGAAAGUACGCCUCCCAGCCAGCCCACAUCGAAAUCAUGCUGAAAGAGGUCGCCGAGGGCGUCGAGAAGGCGGACGAUGCCGCCGCCCCCGUCAAGAUCACCAAGAAAAUGGCCGCCAAGCGGCGAUUCGUCAAGGUUGGGGCCGCAUAAUUGAAUCUUCGCGAUGUGAUGUCUCGCCCUUGCACGAUACAGACAACCGACCACCGCAAGAACUACUAUAAAUUUAAGAAUCACUUUUCACCCCCACAUUGGUACCGUAUAGCUCUCGCUGGCACCUACACCCAUGGUGUGGUAUUCUUUAUUUUAGUUUA